UAAAGGUAUGCGACUACAUGAAGGGUGGUUGGCACUAAGUUUGGGAACAAGUGACACCUUGUUUCUUUGGUUAAAGGAACCCCAUGUAGUCAUUGACGGUCAUAUUUUGUGCAAUCCAGUUGAUGCAGAGUCAUUCAUGGGGCUGUUAUGUUUUAAGAACGGAUCAUUAACAAGGGAAAGAAUUCGAAACGAUUGUGCCGAAAAAUCAUGGGAAAUUUUCAAUCAACUUUUGGACAGCACCCCUCGGGGAAAUUUUGGCAAUUUCGGACUAUACUUCGAUACCCAAGAGAUAAUCCCCUUCUUAAAGGGCGAUUUUAGAUUUAAUAGAGCGGGCGACAGGAUUGGAAAAUUUUCAAGUUUGGAAGUCGAGGUAAGGGCCUUAAUAGAAGGGCAAAUAGUCGCUAAAAGGGCCUACGCUGAAGAUAUAGGUUUUCAUUCAGGACAAGACACCAAAAUAAUUGCAACCGGGGGAGCGUCUGCAAAUAAAUCAAUUUUGCAAGUGGUCGCCGACGUAUUUAAUGCUCCUGUAUAUUUACAGGAAGCUGCCAAUUCUGCUAUGCUAGGAGCUGCCUAUCAAGCUAAACAUGGACUUUCGGAUGAAAAUGACUAUGAAAAAAUAACUUCCGUUUUAACACCACCUCAACUGGUAUGUGAACCGUAUCCAGAUGCACCAGAAAUCUACGACCCAAUGGUAGAUCGAUAUCGCACAAUCGUGAACAAAUUAUUGCAAGGAGGGUUGUAAUUUAAGGAGAGUGGUAUUUCUUUUCUAACGAUAGGUACAACAUAUCAACAAAUAAGGACUCGAAACAACGAAUUCCAUAUUUCUAACAGUUUACAUAAAUCUUUUUGAUAAAAAGUUGAAGAAAAACAAAACACAUUCUGGAUAAUUACAGUCCACAUUUCUACCUAACUGUGAUAAAAUAUAAACAAAUUUAAAAGAGAGAUAUUCGUUUAUAAUAGUUAAACAUUCCAUA